AUGCCUGAUACGCAGAUAUCACUUGACCCUCGUUCUAUCAGUGCUAAAAGCCGCAGGUCUUCAGUCUCUGCAAUACCCCGUCCUGUAUCUGGCACCUCUCGUCGAGCCACUCCCACAGUUUCCAGAGCCGGAAAAAGAGACUCGACAGCAGUGGCCCCUACUCUGAACCGUCAUGAUCACAGAAAAUCAUGGCACUCUAGAACCAGUCUCGCACCCACGUCGUACCGGAGACCACAGCUCCAGGUAUCGCAGCCCUCAGAAUAUUCUCUCCCAUACCAGCAGCGGGCCCAACAAGACCUCUCUGGUACACGACAGCAGCUUUACAUUCGCAAUCUCUCCACCCAUUCACUGAAUGUCCCUGAUACAGAUACGGGCCUUCACCAGCUCAAGCAGACCUCAAGUUCCAAUGCACUUCCUAAAUCAAAGACGAUCAACAGCUUCCGGUCUCCGAUCCGCGACACGACGCCCGGGAGACGUCUCCUUCAACCUAUCGGCCCACCAAUGCUCAGGACGCAGACUUUAGGAAACAUCUCAUGCUUCAGUCCCGCGAACCACUCGCCUUCACCAAGGAAGCCCCAAUCAGUUUCGCUCCCACCUGCGCAGCACCACCACAACAACGUCAGCCAGCUGAACAUUGCUGAUGCCUUGGGUGAAAGCAGGAUGACCAAAGAAGAGAUGGACCUAAUGAAACAAGUCCAACGAGAGGCUGCAGCUAACCGUGCUCGGCUUCGAAACGCACAUCAACAAUACAAACCCCUACAAUCUGCAGCUUCCGAAGGAUCCACGGCGAGCAGAGAGAUUCCAAUCCUUGACUCGUCCGCGAAUGAUGCAGCCAACAUUCCCCGCCCCGAAGGGGACAAGAAAAGAUCUUCAUCUGGUACGCUGCUGUACAUCAACUCCACCUUGGCAAACAAGAACUGGCAACAGAGUAAGCCCUCAACGGCAAGAAGUUUGACGAGCAUUGGGAGCAUCACCAGUUCAGAGCCAAGUCAGAAAGAGGAGAAUGACCCUAGGAACGUGCACGUCGCAGAACCGACGGCGUACUGGACUGGUCGAUAUAUUUCCUUGUGUGACCGACUCCGGAUGGCAGAGCUCAAGAGACCCCCUCCAUCACCGUCCGAGACCAAUGAGAAGCAGAUUGAUCGUUUGUUCGAAAGUAGUGAGAAGGUUCGAAUGAACUCUGCUCUGGAAGAAUUGAGGGAAUUUUGCAAGACUUCCGAAGCACUGAGGAGCUUCGAAGCCUUUGAGGGCCCUUUGCUGAAAAGCAUGGGGAUAUCUCGCCAAAGCCUCCACCGAGCAGGUGCUCUUGCGUAUGGAACCAACGAGGCGGGCAGGGGGUUGACAGCAUCGCGGACGAUGCCAUUAGCAAUGACUGUGUCCCAUACUCCUGGCACUAUAUCAUCCCCAAUGAGUCGGAUCUCUAGCGCCAAUGCUGAGACUGCUAUUACGGAUGCAUCCAAUGCAUUCUAUGGUGAAGGUAAUUUGACGAAGAGUAAAACGACCGGCAACCUAUCGUCGUUGAUCCCAAUCAUUCCAAAGAGACGACAUGUUAUUAUAAGUGGACCUGCACCCAAAGCGAACAGCGUCCAGCAAUCUUCGCAUAGGCGGAAGUCUUCUUACUUCGAGUGCUCCCCCGAGACAAGAACCAAAGCACUGAAGGAGAGCGAACAGCGCGCGGCUCGAAGAGUGGCGGAAGCACAUCAGCGAUCGACGUCGCAAGCCCUCUCUCCCGACGGACCGAGCAGCCGUCCAUCCUCUGGUAAAGUCGGUGAAGCUGCAGAGCAGAGUCGACCUCAGCCCCCCUCUUACAGCACUAGAAUCACCGGAUAUGAUGAAGUCGGCUAUUCAUUGAGUGCUACCGCAUUAGAAAGCGGACAUGGACUACCACCACCAGCGCCGACAAACGGUGCGACAUCUCGGGUUGAGCUGGUCAACAUAGCUUCGGGCGGCAAGGAGAAGGUGAUCAAGUCUCGACGCAAGCCAGAACGACAGUUCAGUGGGGAUAGGGUGAAGAAUUUCCUUGAAGCCGGGGUACGAGAGGUGAGGAAGAUGGGCCGCCGAGUCAGUGGUAUGAGCUGGCCAGGAAGCGGUGUGGACUAG